AUCACAACUAUGACUCUUUGGCCCCGCCCCUACGGACGCAUGCUUGGAAGACAUGCGCUUUGCGGCAAAGUCCUCCUUUUCUCCACACACGCUUCUAAGCCUCGGCACAUCUCCUCACAUCGCUACUAACUACACUUUAUUCAUCCUCCGUGUCAGGAUAAACUCCACUCGUCUCAGCCACAUUUGGAGAUUAUUAGGCCCGCUUAGCUUGAUAGUUGUUUGAGCGCGCCAAUUAGCUUAGCAUGCUAGUUAGCUUAGCAUGUUAGCCGCUAACAAAGAGACGCGGAUUUGAUCAACACAUCGCUUAGUUAAGAUCAAGUGUGAGUGUAAAGUGUUGUGAUUGUGUGAAAAUGUGCGAAAGAACGAUAGAAAAGUAUGAGGAGGAACUUUGUUGUGUGAAAAUGUGUGAAAGAACGAUAGCAGAGUACAAAGAGGAACUUUCUCGGACAAAAGAAGAGAACGAGAGACUACGUCAACUAUUGGAGGCUGUUUUCAAGAAAGCUCAAGUUGUGUUACACAGAACAGAACUCAAUAAAGGACAUCUUCCUCAUGAGCAGGAAGAAGAGCCACAGCCCCACCACAUUAAAGAGGAAAAAGAUGUACCGCAUUCCCAACACAUUAAAGAGGGAGUAGAGGACCCACAGCCCCCCCACAAUAAAGCGAAACAUGAGACGCCACAGACCCAUAAUGUUAAACUGACCCUUCACAAUAAAAGGCAAGCGGAGGACCCACUGAUCUUACACAUCAAAAAGGAAGAGGAGGAUCCACUUACCCCUCACUUUAAGGAGCAAGAGAACCCGCUGACACCUCACAUUAAAAAGGAAGAGGAGGAUCCACUGACCCCUCACUUUAAGGAGCAAGAGGAGGACCAAGAGCCGCCGCACAUUAAAGAGGAAGAGGAGGACCAAGAGCCGCCGCACAUUAGAGAGGAAGAGGAGGAAGAGGGCAUCAGUCAGCCUAAAUGGUUGGAGGAGUUCCCAGUGACUGGUGUCCCUGUGAAGAGUGAAGAUGAUGAGGUGAAAGGUGAAAGUGAGGAGAGGGGAGGGGGGGAGCCUCCAAGCAGCAGCUCAACACAACACAUGACAACAGAAGCUGAUGGAGACCACUGUGGAGGAUCACAAGCAGACAAGCUCUUAGCUCCACUAUCAGAUAGUGAGGACACAACGUCACACUCUCCUGACACUGAUGAUGAAGACUCUAAAGAUGAUAAGACAUGUCACACUGACAACACUCACUUCACUUGUUCUCACUGUCACAAAACCUUUAAAUACCAUUGUAGUCUGAAAUCACACAUGAGAAUACACACUGGAGAAAAACCUUUUCCUUGCUCAGAAUGUGGUAGAGAUUUUAGACUAAAACAAAUGCUGAAAGAACACAUGAGAACACACACUGGAGAAAAACAUACUGUAGUAAAAGUUUUGUACAAAGAAUCACUUUGAAAGUACACAUGAGAACACACACUGGUGAAAAACCGUUUUCCUGUUCAACCUGUGGUAAAUGUUUUACACGAAGUCAGAGUUUGAAAAGACACAUGACAACACACACUGGUGAAAAAUCACAUUCCUGUUCAAUCUGCAAGAGAAGCUUUUGUGACCGAUCAAGGCUUCUAGCCAGUCUUCAUUCGGCCCUAAGCAACAUUUGAUUUUGGGGCCCUCUAUUUCUGCCAAUAAUAUUGAUUGUUGAUCAUUCACACACCUACUAUAAAGUCAUUGCGGCUCUGGCAGUGUUUACAUGAUCCUAUUGUCAGCCUGGCAUGUCUUUACAAAUGACAUGUCAUUUAUAAAGAUAUGGGGGUGGCCCAGCUAAGAACAUAAAUAAUACCAAUGAAUGAAGGAAUGAUGUCCAGAGUGCCAUAUAUACUUCCUAAUUUUAAAAUGUAGAAAACAUUCAGCUACAAGAGUGGCCUGGGGUUGAACAGUCCAAGUGAUAAAGCUUUGUAUUUACAGUAAAAGUGUCAUCUUGUCUCAUCAGUCUUGUACAUAUUAGUCUUUAAUUACUAGUUUAUAGUUUUAGUUAAUUGUUCAUAUUUCAUGUUUACUUUGUAUAAAGAGAGCGCAGUCUACUGAAGUUAAAUUCCAUGUGUGUUAAACAUAAUAGGACAAUAAAGGUGAUUCUGAUUCA